AUGGCGUCUUCAUCGUCUAAAAAACCAUGUUCGAUAGAAAAUGGUUGCAAACAAGCAGCGAUCACCACUUGCGAUGGGUGUUCACAAGCUUUUUGUUUUAAGCAUUUCACUGAUCAUCGUAAUCUACUCAAUGAUGAAAUAAACAAAAUUAUUAGUGAACAUGAUGAUCUGAAAAAUUCACUUACUCAACAAACAAAAAAUCCAACUUGUCAUCCACUGAUCAAACAAGUCGAUGAAUGGGAAACACAAUCAAUCUCAAAAAUUCAACAACGAGCAAAAGAAUUACGACAAGAGCUAUCUGAAUUAACGAAAAAUAAUACAAAUAAUUCGUCGCAGAAACUACAAGAUUUAGCAAAAGAAAUAAAUGAAUGUCGUGAAAAUGGUGAUUUUCUUGAGAUAGAUCUUCGUCGUUGGAAAGAAACGCUUGAAGAUCUCAAACUACAUAUAACUUCACCAUCAAAAAUAACCAUCAAUAGAGUGAAUGAAAAUGCAUUAAUUCAAAAUAUCUCUGUGAAUUUAAAGAACAAGACAACAAACGAAGUAUUUGAGAGAGUUCUUGAGUAG